AUGUCUUACUCUUUACGUGAGACUUCACUCCAACGACUCCGCCGUAAUCCACUGUCAUUCAUGAAAUGGAUUGACAAAGUGAAGGAUGUGUUUCACUGGGAGUGUUCGCUGGAAGGUCCGGAAGGUUCUCCAUAUGAAGGCGGGAGAUGGAAUACUGCUAUGACGGUGGCAGAUAUCAUUGAGACUGUUUGGAAUUUGAUGGUGGAACCGAGUCUCGAGAACCCAAUGUACGUGGUGGAAGCCAUUCGUGACGAGUACUUACAGAACAAUGAAGUAUUCGUGUGGAUUGCCCGUUCUAUGACUGAGAACCAAGGAUUGCAAGAUUAG